GGCGAAACGGGCUGGUGGGGAGAGGAGGAGGAGGAAAAGAAGCACCGAUAAUUCGCCUCUUCCGUGGUCGUGCGGACGACGCUUUUUGAACCAUGUUCAUUUAUUUGAGUAAGAAGAUUGCUAUUCCUAAUAACAAUCAGCUGAGAUGUGUUUCAUGGAAUAAAGAUCAAGGAUUUAUUGCUUGUGGUGGGGAAGAUGGCCUUUUAAAGGUGCUGAAACUUGAAACACAGACAGAUGAUACAAGAUUAAAGGGACUAGCUGCACCCAGUAACCUUUCCAUGAAUCAGACACUAGAAGGGCACAGUGGUGCUGUACAGGUGGUGACUUGGAAUGAGCAGUACCAGAAGUUGACAACCAGUGACCAGAAUGGUCUCAUUAUUGUGUGGAUGUUGUACAAAGGUUCUUGGUAUGAGGAAAUGAUCAACAAUAGAAACAAAUCUGUGGUUCGCAGUAUGAGCUGGAAUGCUGAUGGACAGAAAAUCUGCAUCGUGUAUGAAGAUGGUGCUGUCAUUGUGGGUUCAGUGGACGGUAACCGUAUUUGGGGCAAGGAAUUGAAGGGCCUCCAACUGACUCAAGUUGCAUGGUCGCCAGACAGCAAGAUUCUUAUAUUUGGCAUGGCUAAUGGGGAAAUACACAUAUAUGACAGCCAAGGAAAUUUUAUUGUGAAGCUGGUGCUGCAGUGUCUUGCUAAUGUAACUGGUGCCGUUAGCAUUGUUGGUAUCCAUUGGUAUUCUGGAAGUGAAGGCUAUGUUGAACCAGACUGUCCCUGCCUUGCUAUCUGUUUAGACAAUGGCCGAUGUCAAAUAAUGCGUCAUGAACAUGAUGAGAAUCCUGUCCUGAUUGAUACUGGUAUAAAUGUGGUUGGCAUUCAGUGGAACUAUUGUGGGAGUGUAUUGGCUGUUGCUGGUUCUCAAGUGUCAGCUGGUCAAGACAAGCAAAUCAAUGUUGUGCAGUUCUACACUCCUUUUGGUGAGCAUUUGCGCACAUUAAAAGUGUCUGGCAAGCAAAUGUAUGCAGCAUCGUGGGAAGGAGGAGGGUUGAGAAUUGCCCUUGCUGUUGAUUCUUUUAUUUAUUUUGCCAACAUCAGACCUGAUUACAAGUGGGGUUAUUGCUCCAACACAGUAGUGUAUGCAUAUACCAGACCAGAUCGAUUGGAAUACUGUGUAGUCUUUUGGGACACCAAAAACAAUGAAAAGUAUGUAAAAUACGUAAGGAGUCUGCUUUCAAUAACUACAUGUGGAGACUUUUGCAUUUUAGCAACUAAAGCUGAUGAGAGUUCUCCGCAGUAUGUUCUUGUGUUGUGUAAUUCCAUUGGGACCCCCUUGGAUUCAAAAUAUAUUGACAUUGAUCCCUUAUUUAUAACCAUGACAAAAACACACGUAAUUGUGGCCUCUAAAGAAGCAUUCUAUACCUGGCAAUAUCGUGUAGCAAAGAAACUCACAGCAAUGGAAAUCAACCAGGUGGCACGAACAAGGAAAGAGGGGCGGGAGAGAAUUUAUCAUGUUGAUGAUGAAUCAUCUGUUGGAGGAGACGGUACACUAGAUUUCAGUAAAGCCUUUUCCACAACAAAGGAUCCGAUCUGCUGCAUCACUGCAUCUGAUAAAAUAUUGAUUGUGGGUCGAGAAUCAGGGAAAAUUCAGAAAUAUAGUUUACCAAAUGUUAGCCUGAUGCAGAAGUAUCUGUUCAACUGCAGAAGUUAUCAGUUGUCGCUGAACUGUAAUUCCAGCCGCCUUGCCAUCAUUGAUAUUGCAGGUAUCCUGACGUUUUUUGACCUUGAGACAAGAAUAAUGGACAGUACAGGGCAGCAAGUGGUGGGUGAACAGCUGAAAUUUGAGCGUAAAGAUGUCUGGGAUAUGAAGUGGGCAAAUGACAAUCCAGAUUUGUUUGCCAUGAUGGAGAAGACAAGGAUGUAUGUUUUUAGAAACUUGGAUCCUGAGGAACCAAUUCAAACUUCUGGGUAUAUAUGCAAUUUUGAAAAUCUAGAAAUCAAGUCUGUACUUUUGGAUGAAAUUUUGAAGGAGCCCAGCCAGCCUAACAAAGACUAUAUAAUUAAUUUUGAAAUUCGUUCGUUACGUGAUAGCCGAAGUCUUAUAGAGACGGUAGGGAUUGAAGAUGCCUGCACAUUCAUUGAAGAAAACCCUCAUCCUAGACUUUGGCGAUUGCUUGCAGAAGCUGCUCUCCAGAGACUUGACCUUAAAACAGCGGAACAGGCAUUUGUCCGUUGUAAGGAUUAUCAGGGGAUUGAGUUUGUAAAACGUCUAGGAAACCUUCAGAGUGAACCCAUGAAACAGGCGGAAGUUGCAGCUUACUUUGGAAGAUUUGAAGAAGCCGAGAGGAUGUAUCUAAACAUGGAUAGAAGAGAUCUGGCUAUUGAUCUAAGGAUCAAGUUGGGAGAUUGGUUUCGGGUGUUGCAGUUGCUAAAAACUGGUUCUGGUGAUGCUGAUGAUGCUCUGCUUGAGCAGGCUUAUAAUGCUAUUGGAGACUAUUUUGCAGAUCGUCAGAAGUGGACGAAUGCUGUUCAAUAUUAUGUUCAAGGUCGGAAUCAGGAGCGACUGGCAGAGUGUUAUUACAUGCUUGAAGAUUAUGAAGGUUUGGAGAAACUGGCAAAUGCCCUACCAGAAAAUAACAAACUGCUUCCUGAAAUAGCUCACAUGUUUGUUACUGUAGGUAUGUGUGAGCAGGCUGUAGCUGCAUUCCUGAAAUGUAACCAAGCCAAAGCAGCAGUUGAAACUUGUAUACAUCUGAAUCAGUGGAAUAAAGCUGUUGAACUGGCCAAGAAUCACAAUAUGAAAGAAAUUGGAUCUCUUCUGGCUAAGUAUGCGUCUCAUUUGUUGGAGAAGAAUAAAAUUUUGGAAGCGAUUGAACUUUAUCGAAAGGCCCAUCAUUUCCUUGAUGCUGCAAAGCUCAUGUUUAAGAUUGCUGAGGAAGAAGCAAAAAAGAGAACCAAACCAUUACGUGUUAAAAAACUUUAUGUGCUGGCAGCACUACUUGUGGAAGAUUACCAUGAACAGAUAAAGAACACCCAGAGAGCAAAAUUGAAAGGCAAAAGAUCAGAGGCUACAACAGCUCUAGCUGGGUUACUUGAAGAAGAUGCUUCUUUGUCAGAUAAUCGUAUUAUCGACAAUGCUUGGCGUGGGGCAGAGGCAUAUCACUUCUUUUUGCUAGCACAGCGUCAGCUUUAUGAAGGCUAUGUAGAUGCUGCAAUGAAAACAGAAUGGAAAUGCAACUUGUUGGAAGUUCGGAUGAUUGCUGUCUGGACUCUGGGCUCUACUUUAGCACUUCAUUUGCGGGACUAUGAAGACAUAAUCCCAUCAGUGGAGAUUUACUGUUUAUUGGCACUCUCUGCAUGUGCUAAUCGCGCUUUUGGGACAUGUUCCAAAGCUUUUAUCAAGCUUGAAUCUUUAGACAUGUUGACUUCAGAACAGAGACAGCAGUAUGAAGACCUGGCCCUCGAGAUCUUCAUCAAACACAGUCCCAAAGAUGGCAAGAAAUCUGAUUUGGACAGUCUUCCAGAAGGCAGAGGAGAAGGGAAACUUCCAACUUGUGUUGUGACAGGACGGCCAAUUGCAGACUACCAGUUCUGGAUGUGUGGCGUCUGUAAACAUUGUGCUCAUGAACAGGAUAUAAGCAACCACAACUUUUGUCCUCUCUGUCAUAAUCCUGUGGGAUAGAUAAGCAAAGGCUAAAAUAAACUUUUAUUUUAUAAACAGUGUUAGUUUCGAAAUAACAGCUGGGCUUUAUUGUUGCAUUAAAACUAUUUUUAAUGAA